CUGCAGCGGGAUCGUCAGGCUCCCAUGCCUCAGCCAACUCGCCAGGCUCUUACCCUCCUGCCGGUUCGUCGGGCUUCCACGCCCCAACCGGCUGGCCCAGCGCCCAUGUCUCGGCUGGUUCGCCCAGAUUUUGCCCGGAGUGAAACCUCUCGCAUACCUCUUCCUCUCUGGUUUAAAGCUACGUAAUAACCAGACUGCCAUUUUCUGUGUCAAAUGCAAUGGGGUGGUUCCAAGACCAACAGUAAAUACACCAAACCUAGGAGCAAGAUGGAGAGGAAGAGAGAAGGGGGUUGUGGCCAUAGAUCUCCACUGGUCCAUCAGGAGAGACCCGGCUCCCCUGUACCCAGCUGUGUAUCUAUGAAGAGUGAAAAUUCUAUGGCAGAUAUAAUCAACUUCAGUGUUGGAGACUUUACCCAUGAACCAAGAACAAUUGGUGACCAAGAGCAGAGGUCAGAGUCAGAGAUUCCGAGUGAUGAACUUCAUCUGGUGUAUCAACUCAAAUCUACCCUGAAGAAGAGACAUGAAUGCAUAUUUGAGGGAAUAGCUAAACAAGGCCACUCAACACUUCUCAAUAAGAUCUACACAGAGCUCUACAUCACAGAGGGUGGAAGCGGAGAUGUCAAUAACGAACAUGAGGUGAGACAGAUUGAAACAGCUUCCAGGAAAUCAGCAGCACAAGGGACAAAAAUCAAAUGUAACGACAUCUUUAAACCCUCACCUGGACAAGACAAACCUAUCAGAACUGUGCUGACAAAGGGAGUUGCUGGCAUUGGAAAAACUGUCUCUGUGCAGAAGUUCAUUCUGGACUGGGCUGAAGGAAAAGCUAAUCAGGAUGUCCAGUUCAUAUUUCCACUUCCUUUUCGGGAGCUGAAUUUGAUGAAAAAUAAAAAAAUCUGUUUGAAUGAACUUAUAGAUCACUAUUUCAUUGAGAUUAGAGAAUCUGGAAUCUCCAACUUUGACAGCUACAAAGUUAUGUUUGUUCUUGAUGGUCUGGAUGAGUUUCGACUUCCUCUAGACUUCAAGAACAACAAGAGCUGCUGUGAUGUCACAGAGUCAACCUCCGUGAAUGUGCUGCUAACAAACCUCAUCAAGGGGAAUCUGCUCCCCUCUGCUCUUGUCUGGAUAACAUCCCGACCAGCAGCAGCCAAUCAGAUUCCUCCAGAGUGUGUUGACCAGGUGACAGAGGUACAAGGUUUCAACGACCCACAGAAGGAGGAGUACUUCAAGAAUAGAAUCAGUGAUGAGAACCUGGCCUGCAGAAUCAUCACACACAUUAAAUCAUCAAGGAGCCUCCACAUCAUGUGCCAUAUACCAGUCUUCAGUUGGAUUACGGCCACUGUUCUAGAGAGACUGUUGUGUCAGGCAGAGAGUGGAGAGAUGCCCAGGAAUCAGACUCAAAUGUACACACACUUCCUGGUAUUUCAGACCAAACAAGGGAUUCAGAAGUAUCUUGAAGACCAUGACCGAGAUCCACACUGGGAUAAAACGAUAAUUCUCUCUCUGGGAAAACUGGCCCUCAAACAACUGGAAAAAGGCAAUCUGAUCUUCUAUGAGGAAGACCUAAGGGAGUGUGGCAUUGAUGUCAGAGAAGCAUCAGUGUACUCAGGAGUGUGCACACAGAUCUUCAGAGAGGAGUGUGGGCUGUACCAGGAGAAUGUGUACUGCUUUGUGCAUCUGAGCAUCCAGGAGUUUCUGGCUGCGUUAUAUGUGUUUCUCACAUUCAACCAAAGCAGAGAGAAUCCACUGGUCAAAAAGAGAUCUUCAUUCAGGGACCAGGAAUCAUCAAUCGGACACAAAUCUACGAUCGACUUCUACAACAGUGCAGUAGAUAAAGCUUUACAGAGCGAGAAUGGACACCUGGAUCUGUUCCUCCGCUUUCUUCUGGGCCUUUCACUUGAGUCCAAUCAGACUCUCCUACGAGGCCUACUGUCACAAACAGAGAGCAGCUCACUGACAAAUGUGGAAACAGUCAAAUACAUCAACGAGAAGAUAAGGGAGAAUCCCUCACCAGAGAAAUGCAUCAAUCUGUUCCAUUGUCUGAAUGAGCUGAAUGACCACUAUCUAGUGUGGGAGAUGCAAAGCUACUUGAAUUCAGGAAGUCUCUCAGAAGCCAAAUUGUCACUUACAGAGUGGUCAGCUCUGGCCUUUGUGUUGCUGACUUCAGAAGAGGAGCUGGAUGUUCUUGACCUAAAUAGAUUCUCCAGAACAGAGGAAGGUCUUCUAAGGCUGCUGCCAGUGGUCAAAGCCUCCAGAACAGCUCUGUUGAAUAGAUGUCAACUCACAGAGAGAUGCUGUAAAGAGUUGGCAUCAGCUCUCAGCUCAAACUCCUCACAACUGAGACAACUGGACCUGAGUGACAAUGACCUGCAAGAUUUGGGAGUGGGGCUGCUGUAUGCCGGACUCGGCAAUCCACAGUGUAAACUGGAAACACUGAGGUUGAAUAGCUGUAAACUCACAGAGAGAUGUUGUGAACAGUUGGCCUCAGUUCUCAUCUCAAACUCAAACCUGAGAGAACUGGAUCUGAGUGACAAUGACCUGCAGGAUUCAGGAGUGAAGCUGCUCUCUGCCGGACUGGGCAGUCCAACCUGUAAACUACAGACACUGAGGUUGAAUAGAUGUAAACUCACAGAAGGCUGUUGUGAACAGUUGGCCUCAGUUCUCAUCUCAAACUUAAACCUGAGAGAGCUGGAUCUGAGUGACAAUGACCUGCAGGAUUCAGGAGUGGAGCUGCUGUCUGCUGGACUGGGGAGUCUGCAAUGUAAACUGGAGACACUGAGGCUGGACCGAUGUAACAUCACAAAGAAAAACUUGGAAGAAUGUUCCUCAACUCUCAGCUCAAACUCAUCACACCUGAGAGAACUGGACCUGAGUUACAGUCAGCCAGAAGACCCAGGAGAUCCAGGAGAUUUAGGAGACCCAGGAGAUCUAGGAGACCCAGGAGUAGAGCUGCUCACUGCUGCCCUGGAGGAUCCUCAAUAUCAUUCCGAAACAGUCAGUGGCCACGGUGAAGAGUUUUUGCUGUUUCAGAGAUCCUCAGUAGUUGCAUGUGAGUUAACACUGGACCCGAACACAACAUACAGACAUCUCUCUCUGUCUGAGGACAACCGAAAGGUGACAUGGGAGAUAGAAGAGCAGCUGUAUCCUGAUCACCCAGACAGAUUUAUGGACUGGACACAGGUGCUUUGUAGAGAAGGUCUGACUGGGCGCUGCUACUGGGAGGCAGAGUGGAGCGGGGAUGUGGUUGACAUAGCAGUAACGUAUAAAGAAAUCAGCAGGAAAGGAGUGGGGAAAGACUGUGGGUUUGGAUUUAAUGACAAGUCCUGGAGAAUGUUGUGCUCUGAUCAGAAGUAUACUGCCUUGUACAAUAAUAAGUGUACUUUCAUACCGGUCCCCUGCUCCAACAGAGUAGGAGUGUAUCUGGACUGGCCGGCUGGCACUCUGUCCUUCUACAGCAUCUCCUCAGACACAGCAACUCUACUGCACACGUUCCAAGCCAAAUUCACUAAGCCUCUUUACCCAGGGUUUAGGCUUUGGGUUGGUUCUUCAGUGACCCUGUGCCAUGUAGACACCAAAGCCAUCAAAGAAACACAGUCAUAAGUUUGUCGUGAUAAUUGUGACGGCCACACAUUUGAUGUGUUCAGUGAAACAUAAUACAAAUGAAUGGGAAAAAAUAUCAGAAUUUGGCUGCCUAACUAAACGCAGCCAUUGAGCUGCACGUUAAAAAUCAGUUUAUUCAUGCAGUUUAAAAUUCACUUUGCAUAACACACCAAGCUUUAAAAGACGCAUGGUUUUAAAAUAUCCCCAAAAUAUUUAUUAAAAGAGAGAACUUGCCCAAGCCUCCCCAUUUCUCCUUCACCCAAAUCCAGAUAGCUGAUGUUCUGAAAGAGUUGCAAAAUUUGGACCCCCUACAAAUCAGCUGGGCUAGACAAUCUGGACCCUCUCUUUCUAAGAUUAUCUUCCGCAAUUGUUGCAACCCCUAUUACUAGCCUGUUCAACCUCACUUUCGUAUCCUCUGAGAACCCCAAAAAUUGGAAAGCUGCCACGGUCAUCCCCCUCUUCAGAGGGGGAGACAUUAGACCCAAACUGUUACAGAUCUAUAUCCAUCCUGCCCUGUCUUUCUAAGGUCUUCGGAAGCCAAGUUAACAAGCAGA